CAAUGCUUUCCCCCAGGAUAUCGGAGAAGAGAUCGGCAGAUGCCACCAGCCGCCGUUCCCGGAAGAGAGCAACGGUAGCUUGUGAGGUGUGUCGAAGCCGGAAGACGAAAUGUGACAAUGCAAAGCCCAGCUGCAGGUAUUGCACUCUCGCCAGGCUUGCCUGUACCUAUACGGGGAGCAAUGGUAACGCGCAGAGCUUGCCGGCCCUGGAACCAACGAACAGAGAGCUCAUGGAUCGCAUAGAUCACGCCAUUUCGUUGAUCGAGGACAGUUCUAAGCGGAGCUUUGAUGGUGCCUCCGUGGCAACACAAGUUGUCUCAGAGCCCGCCAUCGAGGUGAAUCCGUCCGUUCUCCACGACCAAGAUGCAUAUAGCCAGAGUGAUUUCUCUGAUCACGGGUUUGGCCAACUCGAAGUCUCCGUAACAUCGGCCACCACUGUGGCACACGAGUCAAUUCUUGGGUGGCCCGUGUUCAAGGAUAUCCCAUCAGUAAAAAGCAUCACAUCGUUCCUCCUUCAGUCUGAUGUUGACGCUUCUUUCUUCUCGCCGACUGGGCGUUUGGAUUUAAAAGAAGCCGAGACGAUGAGAGAUGGUUUGUACGGGGCCAACAACAGCAUGAGUCGUCAAGGGGUAAAUGAAGAUGAUAUUCCGAGGUUGUCCAAGAAAUUCCUCGACAUGAUCCAUAUCAGAAACCCUAUUCUAGACGCGGCCGAGUUCAACCAAUAUGUUAGAGAGGUUUCAGAGCAUGGACUUGGGUGGGAUGGCGGGACAUGUCUCGUAUUGCUUGCCUGUGCCUUAGCAUGCAUCGGGACCUCACACCAAAUUUCCAGGGGGGCUAGUUAUGGCUCGAGUGAUUUACCGGAGCCUCUCCUCAACCAAACUGCGGGGGAAGCGUACUAUGUUGCUGCAAAGAAACGCAUGGGCACGCUACAUACUUCCAUGAUCACGCUUCAUUGCUACUGCUAUGCCGGGCUUUACGAGAACUUUGCACUCAGACCCUUACGAGCCUGGCCUUUAUUCCUUCAGGCGAAACUUCAACUCCAGGCCUACCUAUGGAGGAGGUCAAACUUUUCGCCAAAUCACGACGUAGAUGUUUUGCGGCAUGUGCGACAUCGGGAACAACGGCUCUACUGGUUUUGUGUGAAGUACGAAUACGAUCUGCGAAUGGAACUUCGAUUGCCACAGUGCGGCAUGUCGACCUUCAAAUAUCCCGAUUCUUUUUUGUCCCUCUCAAUGCCACCGUCAGGAGUGCAAGCGGCAGCCUCGGAUGAGUCGAUCAGUGACCUGCAAUGGGGUGUUUUAGGACUGCAAGAAGAAAGAAGCUGGUUGUUUUACCUUGCCGAAAUCGCCUUGCAGAGAAUAAUGAGUAGGAUCCUUGAUUGUUUUUACGGUAAAGGGGAGUACCAUUGGAUCACCAACUUUGAGGAGAUUUUAAAGCAACACAUGGCAUUUAAAGACGAGAUUCAUCAGUGGCAUGCACAUCUCCCUUCUCAGAUUCAGUUCACCGAGUCCGAAAGCCAGAACGACGAGUUCUCCUUCCUCCUCAGGGGAAUGUACUUCAAUUCUCAGGAAUGGAUCCAUCGUCCUUUGAUUUACUACGUCAUCUGUACGCCGCGCGAUGAUCCAAAUAGAUACCGAGCCCUACCUCUAGCCCAAAAAAUGCUCAGUUAUUGUACAAUCCUCAUACUGCUCUACGAGCAGCACCACCGCCACGGACGGACAUGGUCGAUCGCACGGAGAUCCACCGGCUGUGGACUACUGAUCUUGGCGUCUGUGCGAAGUCAUAUCAUAGACCCCUGCAUCGACUGGAAAGCGAUGGUUAAAACAACAAUCCGGACUCUCCGACGGUGGGAAAAUGACGCGAAGGAUUUACUCUGGGCUAGGCAAACCAUGGAACGGCUAUUUGAAGAGACUUGCCUGUUGUUCUGAGAUAUCCUAGCGAGUCGGUCACGGUUAAGAUCGAGGUGACGACCAGGAUGGUAUUCAAUCGGUUGCUCCCAAGAUUUUUAUGCGUGAUAGAAGUUUAUUAUUCUGGUAAUAAUAUGCUGAAGGUCACCACCUUUCCAG